UUUCUUUUUCCGUUUUGCAGAUUCUCGCAAUAUCGAGGAGAAUCUACAAGGAAAUGUGGAUUCCUCCCAGAUUCCCAACCUCUUUGGAAACCAUGGCAAUGCCAACAAUACCAACCCUGCCAACGCUAAUAACACCAAUAACGCCAACAGCCGAGUCAACAACCAUAGUGGGCAAAUGCCUUCCUUGCAGGUUCCCAAGAAGAGCAUGCUACCCCAAAUGGUGCCUCCGCAGGACGCUGUGGCCAUGGGGCCCUUGCCUACGAAGAUGUCACCCCAGCAUCAAAAUCCCAAUGAUAUGAAUCCCAGUGCCAACGGCAGCACCGGAAGAAAGUACCAGUGCAAAAUGUGCCCACAGAUUUUUAUGCACAAGUCUGCAAUGCAACACCAUUCCCGAGAGGCUCAUAGGGGAGAUAUCAAACCCUAUCAGUGCCAGCAAUGUCUGAAAUCUUUCUCUUCCAACCAUCAGCUACUGCAGCAUAUACGAAUCCACACGGGGGAGAAGCCCUAUAAAUGUUCCUACUGCGACAGGCGAUUCAAGCAACUCUCCCACGUGCAGCAGCACACGAGGCUUCACACAGGGGAGCGACCUUAUAAAUGCCACCUCCCCGAGUGUAAUCGGGCCUUUAUUCAGCUGUCUAAUUUACAACAGCAUCUACGAAACCAUGAAAGCCAAGUCGAAAGAGCCAAGAACAGACCAUAUGUGUGUAACACAUGUGGUAAAUGCUUCGCCACCGACAGCAGUCUACGGACGCAUGGCUCUAAAGUAAUGAGCUGUAGCCAAAAUAACCACGUGGCUCUGAUCUCGAAUCCUUUCGCUCACGUCUGCCCGAUGUGCCAUAAAAGCUUCGUCAGUUCCGAGUCUCUGAUGGAGCACAUGCAGAUAAUGCAUAAGAGCGGGAACAACCUCGGCAUGUCCACAAUAAAUGUUUGUAUUCCAGGUAAGCGACGAACUGGAAGCCAUCAAUGCCCACUUUGCGGCAAGACUUAUGUCAACGAGGGAUCCUUGAGGAAGCACAUCGCAUCCCACCAGGAUCCCGCGGCCGCGGUGGCCGCAGGCUUACAGGGCCCUCCUUUAAGAAUGUGGCCUUGUACCGUCUGCCAGACAGUCUUCACGCAAGAGGCCGGUCUUUUGCACCACAUGGAGGCCAUGCGAACCGAUCCCAGGCACCAGUUCGCCGCUCAAUAUCUCCUAAGUCGUGCUGCUGCCGAACGACGGAUCAAGGACCCUAAUGAUCCAUCUAGUUCUGGCAUGCCACCAUCUUCUUCGUCGGCUGAACAACAACAAGCUCAUCAUGCCCACAUGCAGCAACAACAGCAACAGCAACAACAGCAGCAGCAACAACAACAACAGCAGCAGCAACAGCAACAACAGUGCACUAACAUGAUGACGGGCAUGCCACCACCACCGCCUCAGCAGCCCCAGCCUCAACAGCAACAGCAGCAGCAGCGUCUAGGAAGCAACAAUAGUAACAGCAGUAACUGCUGCAGCUCUGAUUCAGAAACGGAUCCCAACACUAGCCCAACUACGGCCAAAUCGGACAACAGCAUGCAACCGCAACAGCAGCAGCAUUAUACGAAUAUGCUGCAUUAACGAUAAUUGACGUUAAACAUGUGCAUAUUUUGCUGCCAUUUUAAAGAAGAUUAUUAUAUUACACAAAUAAGUUUCACACACGUACAAUACUUAACAUAUAUUUAUAAUAUAUGUAUAAUUAAUAAUGAUUAUAUAAAUAGUUCAUGACAUUUUCAUUUAAUCGUAAGUUUUUUUUAAAUAUCUGACAUUGUUAUGAGCCAUUUUAUUCAUACCAUUUGAGCAAUUCCAUUACUGUUAUUUUUAUAAAACUUUUGAAUAAUUUCCUUCUCUGGUGACGACAUUUAUGAUUUAGAAUAUACCUAAUCAAAUUACCUAAAUUACUUUUAUUCAGAAACGUUUUAAUCAGAGAUUGAUGAAUAGAAAUCUCUUUAAAAUUGUUACUAUUAAAUUACUCGAAAUCGCAACUGUUAUGUGUAGAAACGGGGAGAGAAUACACUGCAUUUUGAGAAUAUAGUUUUUAUUUAUUUAUUUAUUUAUUAUUUUUUAAUGAGACAGCAGAAUUUACUAAUUGUCCUUCAUAGCAGAAUGCUAGAAUAAAAUGAUUAUUAAAUCCCCUCAACGUGAAGUUUAUUACAUAGCAUAACAUUUGCCGUAGAUAUUUGCGAGUACCGUUUUAUUAAUGAGUAACAAUUAAAAGAUGGUUCUGCAUUUAACUCUAACCAAGAGGUGUUCUUAAAUUCAUCUUCAUUUUUAAAAAAUAAUUUUUGAGUCAUGGUCUUGCUGUAAAAAAGGAGUUUUGAUUACUAACAUUGGUUGUGUAUGCCUGUAGCUUCUUUAUUUUCUUUAUAUUGGUUGAGGUGUAAAAUACAGAUCAGCUUUAUCAUUUCUGUGAUUAAAAUCAUGUAACAUGUUUUUGAUCAUUUUGGUGACUAAAAUUCGAGAACAAUCACCGUAUGACUGAUUUUAUUUUGUCGAAGUUUCUAAAUGCUAAUUGGUAUUUAUAAAUGUUAAUUUCAAUAUCAUGUUAAGUACAUCAAAACUGUUUCAAGACGGAACCCAGUAAAAUUUAAAAAAAAAUUAUAAUUAAAAUACCUUUGUCUUAUAAAUAAGUGCAUUGCGAACACUGAGCUGGCUUUCGUAAGAGUAUUUGAGCAUUUUAUUGUAAUAAAUUAGUUCAAAUGCUGUAUUACGUAUACAUGUCAAUAAUGAAGAAUGGUUUCUUCAACUGUAAAAUAACUUUAAAAAGUUUUUCGAAUUAAAUGACCACAUCUGGUAGGUUAAAGUAUACGUAUGUAUAAACACUUAACCAAAGACCAAAUUGGAAGAGAAACCGCGAAUGUAAAAUUUAAAAUUAAGUAAAAAAGCAGCGUUAAUAUUUUGAAUAAAACAUAUCGAUUCCGAGGGCGAUCACUGGCCCUCUUGUUUAAGGCAGAUUUGUUUUUUCCUGAAGAAGAAGUACGGUGUCUGAUAACCCUCGAAUUUUUUAUUCAAAGUAAUUCAUUUAUUUUAUUCAAAUAUUUAUAUUCAAAAUAUUUCUCAAACUAAGAGGGCAUUUUUGCCGUUUUAAACUUACCAAAGUUGUUUUGCUUUUAAUAGUAUUAUGAUUUUGAAGCAUACUUCCUCGGCAUUUGUAAAUAAAUUCAUUUGAUUUUCUCUCUCUCUUUGAGUAAACGUGUAUUAUAUGUAUAUAAAUAUAAUUAUUUAAAUGUAACAAUCAUAUUUUUAACAAAAUAUCUGUGAUUUCACUUCUCCACCGAAUUUAUAUAAUGAAAAAUA